AUGGACACCUAUGUGGAAGACCAAGAUGCCCUAUUCACUGAGCUCUUUUCUCAUCUCGAAAAAGUCAAAACAGAAGGCGUGACUCUUGAUGAAGAUGUAUUGAAACGUGCAGAAAGGUCAAUCGACACUUCAACACCCAGAUCAACCUUGUGGCAGCUACUCAGCACGGGUGAAGCCCUACUCCAGGUGCUACAACAGGACCCUCGCUCUUUGACUCGGCUUCUGCAACGGGACAUCUCCCUCAUUCCCUUCGACGAAUUGAAGCAGUCUAUCUCGGCUGAGAAGCUCGAAGAAGGUUUACAAGCACCUUCGGUUGCUGUUCAGCUGUUGUGCAUAGCGUACUUACAGAAGGCUGCGGAUACCCCGAGCGGAGCCUCGUUCGUUGCGGCAAGCUCAGACCUCGUUCAGACAUUACUCACUCUGUGGUUGACCUCCGAAAACACCGAGGUUGCAGAAAGAGCCCUGGAAGCAAUCGAGGCACUACUUGCCGUCGACAGCACGAAUAGUGUUACAGUCUUGUCUGCUGGAGAACGUCUAGGAGAAGCACAAGGGCAAGGGCUUCUCUGGCGGAGGAUAUUUCACGAUGCAAAAGUCUAUGCCAUUCUUUUUGAGUGGACUUCACUUUCAACCACUCAACGAGACAUCAACACGAAGAAGGGUCUGCAUCUGGUUACCAUCUCCCAGGGAAGACUAUUCGAUUUCAUUGCUAGAAUCGCUUCACUUGGCUGGGCCACCGUCACGACCUCAAGCUUGCCCGAUAUUGAGUCCAAAUACACCAGAGGCCAGGGGGACGACCAACCAUAUGGAGGUUUGCUACGUUAUGCAGCAUCUUAUAUGAUUGAUUCCAGUGACAUCCUUAUGGAGGUAUUGCGGCAAGAUUUUUUCGUCCAACUUCUUGGGAUUGUGGAGGACAACAACAGUCAGGGCAUCUCUCCUCGACUCCUUGAAGCAAUUCAACACGAUGCGGGUGUUGAGACCAUCAAGGGGCCAGGAGACUCCGGGUUGCACCUCUAA